CAGCGAAAGCGAAAGUAGCGAAACAGCCUGUUGCAUGUCAAUUUUGCAAUCUUUAUCAGAUCUUUCGACACCUUCUAAACGUCAACAGCCUGUAGGGGUUUGCGAGGAAUCCAAAGAUGACUUCAGCUACCAGCUUCCUGUUUGUUGCGAUCCAUUUAGCCUGUAUCAGAGAUGGAAAUUCCUCUGAGUCAUUUGUCAAACUGGAGUGUAAAACAGAAUACCAUGGUGUUUAUGGUCAGCAGUUAAUUCUAGGGUGCAUUGUCAAACCUAUGGUUGAGAAUGUGACCAUCAAAACGGUGACCUGGAAGAGAAUGGGAGCUACUGCUAAAGAUGAUGCUAAUUUGUUGGAAUACCAUAGAGAGAAAAUGGACCUAACCCCUGGGUUUACAUUUGCUGAGCCGUCCUGGAACAAGAAUAAUAUGAAUGUGUCCUUGUUGUUGAAAAAUACCAAGAUGGCCAACAAGGGGGUGUAUGAAUGCAUGGUGAACACAGACCGUGGUGAUACUACAGCUACAAUCAGCCUCAGUGUCACAGCUAAGUACAAGACUCCAACCAUGAGCUCCAUCCCUGAGACCAACAUCAAAGAGAACACAGAUGUGACCAUUUUCUGCAACUCUACAGGCGGGCACCAGACAGGGUUGAUCUGGUGGUUUGACCAGUUUGGCAGCAAUUGGACGCGCAGUGCUGAACUGGUGGCCAAAGAGACUGAAGAUGGACUGUUCAGCCUCUCCAGUAAAUUCACAGUGCUGAAGGCUACAUCCAGUUACACAAACUACACGUGCAAAGUGCUCAAUGUCAAUGGUGCCGAGGAGGGGAUGGCAUCAUUUGUGAUCCAGUUUGCGCCGCGAGACUUAGGUAGUAAAGCUGACCACUUAGAUAUUGUGUCCACCACCAAAUGGCUAGCCCCGGUUGUAGUCAUAGGAUCUCUGAUCAUUGGACUCCUUGCUGCACUGCUGUUAUUUAAGAGGCGCUCUGCCCAACGAGCUCGAAGGCAGUCCACCUUCCCAUUAAUGAGUGGCCACCAAACAGAUACCAGGCAUGAUCAAGAUGUUGAGGCAGAAGGUCUAAACAGCGACAGGAACUGAUUUGUUAACUGGCAGUCUCUGGAAGGGACUGUUUCCUUGACGAUCAAUAAGGGGCUUGUCACCAUCACUGUCCUUUGAUGGACUGUUUCUUGUUAAGUGUUCGGUGACAGUCACUUUGGCACUCAGGUCAUUCUGAUUCGAGGCAUUUGUUUCUUCAUAAUCUACUGAGGAUACCAGCCUUUAAGCACUGUGGUUGAUUACAAAUGAUAUAACUCUUUAACAGCCUAUGUUUAAAAGCCUAACAUGAAUGGUUACAUAUAGAGUUGCCAUGGUGUAGGUAUACUGUAGAUUCUACCAGCAUGAUUGUUGAAACUCAGGUCUGCUGAGCACAAAUUUGAAUAUUGUGAAAAUCUGUGCAACUUCCGGUGCGGGUUUACUGUGAACACCGAGGCUGUACCUGCUUUAAGUUAGUUUUAACAGUGGUCAAGUAGGCUACUGUGGCUAUUUGAUCAUAAUUUAGGCAUACCAGAGUGGCCUACCAUAAUAAACAAUGGAGAAAAUGCAUCCCAUAACAUUAUAACAUGGAAAUAGCUGUUCUAUCAUUCAGCCUACAGUAGCAGCCAAUGUGAGGUGUUCAAUGUUGGCCGACAUUCAAUGAGACUUUUGAAAAAAACAUGUAGGGCUUCACAUUAACCUGUUUAUCCACUUGUCCUUCAGACACCCCCCCAAUAUCUGACUACAAAUUAUCAAUAACUGGGCUAAUAACUCGUAGUGAACAAAUGUACAAAUGUGCACACGUCGCUACAUAUAGCUCUCGCUUUGAUCUACUCACAACCGCUCACGCUGUAAAAACAGUCCAGUUCAAAGUGAAUGGCACAGAUCUAUAUAUGGCAAUAGUCUAUUUGCAUAUAGGCCUACUGCAGCUCUGAUAGGUUAUGGUGCACUGGUCUGUGUAGAGUACAAGCCUGAGUCUGCCUGUCAAUGCAAUAGAAUCCUACUCCAAUGCGUUCUGCCUACAACAAAAUCUCUUAUAUAUUUAGUUGUGCAUAGUAAGUCUUGCAUAGUUUGUUUUGUUUCGGUAUGUUCUAUUGAAAGUGGCUGAUAUUGCGUUGAUUCGAUCACAAUUCCCACAGUAAAGGGAAACGCUGAUAGUGUUAACUAACGGGGAAAACUCUAGAAAGUUGAGUAAAGUUCAGUCUCGCACAGGGCUGAUAUUUCUUCUGCAUAUCAGUCCCGGGGAGCUGCACAUGCGCAGCUUAGAGGGAACAUUCUUCAUGAGUGUACACAGCACUUUUAAAAAAAAAAGAUGAAGUUAAACUAGUUUUGCCUCUGAGGUUUCGCAGACUGUACAGUGCAAUACGACAUGUUUCAUUUGACCAAAGAUUUGUUGAUCAUCAGGUUUCUAUAGAUACUGCUGUGCCUGCCACUAUUCUCCCUGGGCUUUGAUUCUGCUACAAUGUGUAUGAGAAGAAAUGUUAUGCUAAAUAGUACAUUACUUUUGACUAGAAGGAAUAGGGUGCCAUUUUGAAGUCAACCUUUGACUUGACUUUGUGUAAUCUCUGGAGCUUAUUGUAACAUUAACCAACCUUGUUACCAACAGCCAGCCUGUUGCUUCAAUAGUUCUACCGCAGCAGUUUCUUUUGUUUUGUCCUUCCUUUUUCUGCUGCUGGAAAAUUCUGAUCUAUGUAUAUGUCUUGCCCAGGCUCGCCUCCAUGAAGUCAGUUUAAUGGAACGCAACAGUAAACACGAAAAACAAUGGACUAGAGUCAAUUAUUAAUCAGAGAGAAUUGGUAUUAGUUUCAAGGUAACGUAAACAUCUUCACCUGGUGGUUGAUUAUGAUCACUAUGAUCAUUAUGUUGAUCACAACAUUUCAAAACAUUUUGUGUCGUGGAAGGGGCAGCAAUUGUCUGAUAUUUACAUAAUGAUCGUUUCAGUUCACAUGAUGUUUUACUGCGAUCAUGUUGCUGGUGAUGGCGUUACAUAUUGACUGAGACAUCUGUUGUAUUGUGGCAACUUGAGGUGAAUGCCGCUCACAACAAGACUACACCUCCCACAAUUCCUUCCAACUCUUCUACAGUAUCUGUUCCUUCUUGCUUAAGUGCAUACUUGUCAGUUGGCACUGUAGAUACAGAUAUGAUUAACCUAUCUCUGUGCCAGCCUGCAUGGAACUAGUCAGGGCUUUUUGAUAUUUUUUGUUGUUGUUGAUUUUUGCUCAGAUCUACUAUGGUGGCUUGAGAUGUUUGUGUGUAAAGUUAUGACUAUUUGCCAAUUCUAACAAAAAUAAGACAUGUUAUUUCGUAGUGUAAGAGGCCAAGAUGAGAGAGGACUCCUGUCUGUAUGAAGUGAUAUGUCAAGUGAUUUGAUAAUAGGAACAAAAAACAGACAACUUCCUGUUUUUGCCUGCUUGAGGCCUACUCCGCACCUUACCCCAUAUGUACCUUACUCCAUUUUGUAUGUUUUUACAUGUGACUUUGUUAUUAAGGAUGUCAUUGAGAUUAAAGCAUUUUUACUUUGUUCAGAUAAAACAUGUAAAAUGCAGAAUAUCAUUUUGUAUGAUAUUUCUGGGUAUAUUUCGCACGGUGAAAUUCCUGUUCAAAUCGCGCACCUUGAUACUGUUCAUUAAAUAUAGGACAGUGAGAAAGAUGUUACACUGAAUGUUUUGUAAAUAUUUUCAAUUGUUGAUUUUAAAUACUACAAUCUUUAAACAAAUGAAAAUCAUAAUUGAUGGGGAGACUAAUCUGCGUUCUUUCAUGAUCUACGAUGUAAACUGUUUUCAUAAGUUUUAAGGUACCAAAAGCAGUAAACCCAUUGUGAGGAAAAUGUAUGUAUUUACUGCACAAAGAGAAAAAAAAUGUCUUCAUAAUUAUGUAUUAUAUAAGUACCUGAAGACUGUAUUUUUUUUGCCCAGCGACAGUACAUUAGUACACAGUAGCAAAACAAUUCACAACGGAAAACUUAUCUUAUGUUCAGGGAGUCCAUCUACAUCGGCUUUCAUUUCGUCCCUUGUGAAUAAAACCCUGGAUUGAUUGAACUGAAGUUAGACAUGUGACACUGAACAGAAGCAACAUGUCCACUAGAGGGAAUUCUCUCACAUUCAAAUUCUGAUGCAAAGCGUGAGAAGAGAAGAGAAGAUAUGAGUUUGAUUAACAUUGAGAAAAAUCGACAUCUGAAAGAUGAAUAACAUGAACACAACAUGAUGUAACUUUGAUAUGCUUUUUUAACAUGCCUGUAGUUCUGUGAAUGCAAUAAAGUUCAUUUACAGUUGGA